CGUACUGCCCGCACUGAAAGGAAGUACUGACGUCCCGUCUACUGUAAUGCCGAUACAACGUUAUGCUAACUGUGUCCAGGCGCAAUGACUCAUACAAAGAGCAUAAAAGAAAUGCUGAGCAUCACUACUGGAAGCAGAAAUGUGUCUACCAGCGGAUACUCGAGUUUCACAGACUCUCAGAUUUUCUUUGGGUCUCAGUUUUGGCCUGAAAAUUCUCAAGGCACAUCUCAAGAUAUGAGUUUGUCAUCCAGGACCUCCCAACAAAGUUCACAAGAGGGAAGUGAUCCAAAGUUUUCAAGCAAUUAUCACACUAAACCUCUCCUGUUUGGAGAUUUCAAAGACAAGAGCAACGCUUUUGGAACACUGGAUAAAUUUGAGGAGGACAAGAGAAGGGCAAAAGAAAAAACUGACAGUGACAUAUUAGCCAAAGAAUGCAGCCAUUUUCGGGAGACUCUCAACAAUAUCCAACAGCUGGUCGCUGGCACAGAGAGAAAUACGUCUGUGUGCCAAACAGUCCUGCAAAAAUUUGACAAUUUCGCAUCAACAUUGCAAAAUAAUCUGAACAGUCUUCAGAGUGACAUUUCCCAGCAGUUUGAGACUCUGCUGAAUAAAGUGAACACCCAGAAAGAGAUGAUGGCUGAACUGGAGGAGAGGAUGCAAAAGGGUGGGGACCCCACAGCAGAAUUUUGUUCAGAUCUGCAAAGCUUAAAGAAUAGUCUGGAGUGUCUGAGAGAGGAGCAUGAGAAACAACGAAACAUGCUUGAGGAGGGUCUGAAGCUGCUCAGCACUUUUGUCUCAGAGCACUCAGCCAAACCCAGCCCUGGGAAAGUGACAGACAGUGCCAUCCAGACGUCACCAGGGCUGGAGCAGCCAUUAUCCGACUUCCUGCAGGACAACAAGCUUGAAAGCACACAGCUGACACGUAACACACCCAACCUUGAACACAAUCAGGUGGACGCUCCCCCUCAGGAUCCCAGGUGCAUCAUAGGAAAGAGGAAAUUCUCUCUGAGAGGCCAUGGGAGGCGCAAAAAGAGGCCGCUGGUGCUCUCACAAAGGAGCAAGCGCACUGUCACGGAUGAAAAUCGUCAGCCUCCCAUGAACUGUGACAAACAUCAGAAAGUUUCAGUACCUCUCUGUGAGCGUCAUGAUCUGAACACGGUGACCAGCCAGAGCAGUCUCAACCUAGACAGUAUGAAACCGCAGAAAAGGGAGGUGAGAUCCAUCGCUGAGGGAUGUUUCAUCACCCCUCUCACCUGCUGGUCUCAGGACAGCAACAGCCCCGACAGCCUCGCAGGAGUCGAAACCAUCUCAGAGAAGCUCUCAGCUGAGUCCAAACCAGGGACCCCAGUGAAACCUGAAGGCUUCUUGCAGUUGUUUGAGAUGGACUGUGGUUUUGGCUUUUAGAGCAUGAGUGAAGCCUUUGUGUUAUUGUUGGGAAUAAAAGCCAGAAAUGUUUAUUGGUAUAUUUAUUAUCACUUGUGUCUUUUGUUACAUGACUUGUUAUUCAGUUUUUAAAGAAUAAACACAAAUGUUUUUAUCUUAUUUUGAUGGUGGAAGAGCUGCGGAGGGGUGUAAAAAAAACUACGAAUGAAAAGUACGUUAAGGACAAACUGACCCACAAAUAUGUCUGUUUACACAUAUUUGAAGUUGACCUGCUGAC